AAGGAAAAAGGCGGGUAAAUGAAACCGUCGAAAGAAAAAAGAAAUGAAAAGAGCAAAUCAAAUUGCACCCAUCGCCAGUCAGUAGCCUGGACCAGAGCUGCAAGCCAAAGAAGACAUACGAGCCUCGAAAAUUAAAGUUUAAACUUUACAACCGCUGCCAAGUUGGUUAUUCGUACGCCAGACCGCCGAAAGUGUGCAUCGCAUCGUGAUAGCUUGUGCCCUGCUGGACAAAUCGUAAACUUGUCUCGCAAGUGCAAAAAACAUCCCUCCAGGACAAAUCAGUACCAAAUGCAAAAGUUCCAGUCAAGUGCUAAACUUCACAGUUAAAGAACAAAAUAUAAUGUCCCUCCAAAGCAGCAAGUGAACCACCCACACAAAAAGUGCCGAACAAAUUAACAGGUUGUGAAACCUGGGUUUCCCAUCCGGAAAAGUCGUUAGGCAAAGAAAUGUAGUGAAAAUUAAAGAAGAAACCAUCCGGAACAACAUCCAACGGAACCGUAAAAAGGAAAUGUUCUUAACGUUCACAAACAUAACUGGGGGAGAGCAAAACUCUUAAUCAGAAAGUAAUUUUCACCCCACACAAGGGAUACCCCUUUAAACAAUCCUCGGUAGCUUUAUCCUCUCGUGGAACAAAACAAGCUAGAAGUGAAAAUUAAAUUUCCGAAGAAAAGUGUCUGACAAGUGAAAAAAAAAAUCAAAAGCAGUGAAAGGAAGCCCAAUUUGGAGUAUUUUGGAUAAGUCCGCGAAGGAGGAGAACAUCCGGCAAGAACACUCAGAGUAGAAAGUUUUCGGUUGAAGUUGUGCCAGACGAAUCGUAAGCAGCAGACAUCCCGGAACCAGAACGGGAAAACAACAUCACACACAAUUCGACGAAAGAUGCUGCCACUUUUGUUCUUCGUUUUGCUAGCAGCUCCGACGGUGCUGCGGGCCGAGAAAAGUACAGCCGAACACUCGACGCAGUCCGUCACAGCCAGUGCCAAGGUUGACCUGACCGAAACAAGUAGACAAGGCAAAGCCAUUUUGUACAACAUGACGAUGGGCGCACGAAAGCCGAAACGAUCCAAUGGAGAGGUUCCUCUGUUGAUCAUUCGACCAAUCGAGAAAAAGAAGAAAAAGCCAUAUAAGGAUCACAUGGUCAAGAUUAUGACUGGAGGAGUGGCGUCCUAUGGGGGCUAUCCAGAGAUUCAUUCCAGUGAUCACGAAGUUUUCUCUCUAGAGCACAUGCUACCCAUACUUGGGCUAGAGGGAAUGGUUUUCAAUGGUGGUCACAAACAUUCCCAAUUUAUGCCUUCACCGCAAUACAAACCAUCAGAGUACCAUUUUCUACCACACAAACUUAAGGAAGAAAUCCCAGUUCUAUCCAGCUUCAAACCAGCCGACAUAGUAUCCGCUCAGUCUCUUCCGUCUCCACCCUCACCGAAUUUUGUACCUGCUGUCAAUACAGAAGAACAGCUGCUGAAAUUGGGUCAUCAAGCUCUAGGAAAACUAGAAACUCCUGGAUCCCCUGCUCAGUCACAAUUCCAGCCUGUGCUUCCAGAGAAGCCAAUUUUCAUUAAGCCCGACCAAUAUCCGAGCAAAUACAGUUUCCAACACGGUCAAACAUUUAAAUCUGUCCCGAUUGGCAGUGUUCAUCCAGGCUUUGGACCAGCAAGUCACGCUGGAAUGCAUAACGAGGUGGUUAUGUAUCACAAACCGCAGUUUUAUUCUUCAAAACCAUCACCUUCAUACAAAUGGCAAGAGCAUUCAAAGAAACCACAAAUGGUUAGUCCUUUGUCGAUUUCUACCAAUUUCUAUCAUCCAAAGACUCUGCCAAGUAACACAGAAGAGAGUCACCAACAGCAACAACCCUUGACUUUCUAUCAGCACCAGCAACAACCAACGACGCCACCAAUUCAAACACACGUCAGUUAUUUUAUUCCCAAGGAAAUCGAAGCUUUACCUCAACCACAACCAGUCGUCCAACAACAUUCUGCUCCUCAACAAAUGCAUCAGCCAUCGCUUUCUGUUAACACGGUCCAAAAUGGAGAACACGUUGAUUUCGUUGUGCCCAAGCAACCAUCACACGAGGAACCGCCAAAGACUUACUAUAAAACCAAAACCCAUAAACAACACCAUACCAAUCAGCAACCAACCUACUACAUCCAUAAGCAAUUUGAGUAUCCCGAAAAAGAAAACGGAAAAGAAAACAAUGUCGUUUCCGAGUACCAUGACUCAUCUAAUCCCAUCAUAGUUGAACAGACCCAAAAACCACAAGAAGCUCCCUACUCUGCGCCUCAAUAUCUCCCUCUACAAUCGAGCCAACAACAGCACCAGCAACCCUCGGCAGCGCUAACGUUACACCAGACCCAUCCACAGCCCCAACAGUUCCAUCAAACGACCCAGCAAAGUUCGGCACAUCAGAACCACUGGAAGUUUGGUCGAAGAAACCACCACCGGGAGCAUGUGAAACCCGUCGUCGAAGCAACUAGCGAACAGGAACAGGACAGUACCCACGCAGCUUCAAUACAGUCGAUAAAAACGCUGAAACCAGCGGAGAAAUCAACGACAGAAGUCAAGGUAGAGAUCGAGCACGUUGCGCAGUCAAGGGCAGAUACUAAACAGCAACAGCCGCAGCUACACUAUCAACAGAAGCAACAACAGGAAAAAGGUGAAACUACGACCAUCCGGGCAACGACGACACGGGCCGGAAGGCAGGGUUGAUUUGUGCAACUCCUCGUGCAACCUGCGAUGCGACACGAGGAAGGUACAUGCACUCGAAAAUGACGCCACUUAUGCCCCCGAAUGAACCGAACGAUGGAAUGGACCGACGAUGGAAACAAACUAGACGAUGGCGAAAUCACCAAAACUAAGCUCCAAGACGAAGCGCUAAGAAAAUGUGAGGGGAAGAUGGCUUCGGUAGUGGAACACCCGAAUAUAACAACCAACGAUAUUUAGACGUAAACGACGUCAUACAUUAAAGCACAAACGAUCCGGAAACUUCGGAGUUUUUAGUUAAUGUUUUGUUAUUUAUGUGUUACCUAUUAUGUAGUUGUGUUGUUAUUGUAGUUGUUGUUGGUGAAUUUUCAUUAUUGGGGGCUUUCAAGCAAACGGUUUUGUUUGAAAUGAAUAAGGUUCAGUAAUUUAUUCGAAUUGUUAAGUUUAAUUUGGGUUAUUUAAUUCGAAUGAUUUAUGAAAGAGUGAAAAUUGAUAUUGCGUGUGAGAAGAAUGAGAGUACCGUAUUUAUGAGUUAUAAGGUUAUUGAAGAUAUUUCAUCAAAUCGAGGUUGGUGGAAAAGUUUCACGAGGAAAUCAUUUAAGCCUAUACUGAAUACAGGCUGAUCUUUUCCAUUUCUUUCAAAUCCUCUUCUAGCUAGAGUAGUAAUUUAUUUACUUGCUCACGAUCGAUUAUUUCAAUCAAUCAAAAGAGCACUCCAUUUGAUUUAAGAUUGUAAGCACCUACGGAGAUGAAAAUAAAACAAUAAAA